ACAUAUAACAUACAAUGUUCCGUCUCACGCUCACCAAACGGCUAGCCCGCGCUUCUGCACACGUCACUCCGUCGCCCCACCCCCGGCUCCUCUCUACCUCUUACUCUCUUUUCAACAAAGGUCCUCCCACCACUCAGGGUCACGCUGUAGGCAAGGGUAACGACGACCCUCAAGCUGAAGCCGCAAAACAAGGUGCCGCUGUUAAAGGAACGUCAUCUUCAAGCUCCACUUCCACUUCUGGUGAAGCCGAGCCGUUUGAUGCUGCUCGACAAGCUGGAGGCGAGAAAAAAUGGUCCAAGUCGCAGGAGACUAGUGGGGCAGGUAAAGGUCAGUCUGGAGCCUUCAAGGAUCAGGUCGGUGGGCAGGAGGGUUCAACCCCCGGGGUUUCGUAUGGAGGUCAAGAGGAUGCGGCGGCGGACAGGACCCAUCAAGGAAUCAAAAAUACGCAACCCGGGAGCAACAAGGGAAAUUUCGAUAACCUCAAAAAGAUGAGAGAGGAGGGGAAGAACCUCCACACCUCUACCCGCGCCUCCUUCCCGACUCCGUCCUCGGUCCCAUUCGCACCCACAUCCGCCAAUCCACCAGGCUCUAACAAGCCCAUAGAAUCCCUCCCUAGCGACCAAAACGAGCACCUCAAACACUCCCCGGCCUCCUCCCCAGACAAAGGAAAAGGUAACGCCGGUGAGGAACCUCAUCUUCCUAGUCAGCAGGGUCAAAACAAGGCGGGUGGAAGCAAAGGUCAGACCAAGGGAUUACACACUAGCGCGAAAGUGAGCGGCAACCCUCCUGGGAGGAAAUAUGCCAAGGCUUUUCCUGGUGACCGUUCGGGGGGAGACGCCCCAGCCGAAGCCCUACCUCCUGAACUCGAAUCCGACUAUGGGCCUGAAGCCAAUCAGCCCGCUCCCGAGGACCUUAAACCUUCUAGCGGGCUGCCUCACUCUAGUACCGCUCAAGAGCCUCCUCACCCAGUGUUGGCUGACCACGCGAAGAGUGGGAAAUUGGCCGAGAGAAAUUCUCAGCCUACUGCUGAGAUGGGGAGACAGGGAAACUCGGAGGCCUGGAAGCAUAGGAAAUAGGCAAGUGCAAACGGCGUCCGAUAUAUGAGGCGAAUGGAGAUAUGGGGCUCCACGGAAAAUGGGGAUGUAGUAAAAGGGAAUGUACUGUGUAAGAAUUAUU